UAAAGUGUUAUUCAGUAAAUAGAUGACUGAAUCAACCCAAGAUACGCUGCCAAGCGAAGCCAGUGGUGAAAUCAUCAAGCGACCUCAAUUUGGCAACCGAUUCCUUUCCGAAGACGACGAUGUAUUCCGGCACAAUGCUUGGUAGGAUAUGGUUCCGUUCCGGGUUCAGAACUUGGCUGGGCUCUGCUUCUAAUAACAGUUUACGAUCAGCCAGCUUUUGUGACUAUGAAUUCACCCGGUACCGAAAGAAACCACGGGUGGGCGAACGGUUUCUAAAAGAUCCGGCCCGGGUGUUCGAUUUUAACACUUGGUUUGUGGGACAACGUGGAAUGGGACGAGCAACAGGAACGUGAGGCACUGGAAAGUGUUCUUAAAAACUCAUCCAUAAAGAUGACUGAUGACCAAGUUAGUAAAUUGGAAAACGAUGCCGACACGAAUUGGGACAAAUUCUACGACAUUCACCAGAACCGUUUUUUCAAAGACCGACACUGGUUAUUUACGGAAUUCCCGGAACUGGCUCCUCACAACACGAAAGACGCCCCUGAACGGGUUUUUGCGGAGGGUAUCGAUGGAGGUAGCUCCACAGCUAAUCAACAAGACCCUAAACCGGAAGCUAACAACACUAUCAGAACCAUUUUCGAGAUCGGAUGCGGUGUGGGGAAUACGGUCUUUCCAAUUCUUAAGUACAGUGUGGAGGAAAAUCUUCGAAUCUACGCCAGCGAUUUUUCCAAGCAAGCCAUUCAAAUUCUCAAGGAAAGUAAAGAAUACGAUGGGCAACGUUGCGAGGCUUUCGUGUUGGAUGCAACGGCUGACCGGUGGGAUGUUCCAUUCGAAGAGAACAGCAUUGACAUUGUGGUGCUCAUUUUUGUCCUGUCGGCUAUUGAUCCUGAAAAAAUGCAACACGUGGCUAACCAAAUAGCUCGUUAUCUUAAACCGGGUGGAUUGUUGUUGCUACGCGACUAUGGCCGCUACGAUCUGGCCCAGCUGCGUUUUAAACCGGGCAAAUGCCUAAAGGACAACUUUUACGUUCGUGGAGAUGGAACGUUGGUUUAUUUCUUCACCCAGGAAGAUUUGCGAACACUUUUCGAACGAGCUGGCCUGGUCGAGGAGCAGAACAUCGUCGAUCGCCGUUUGCAGGUAAAUCGGGGAAGAAUGCUGAAGAUGUACCGAGUUUGGGUCCAGGUCAAAUUUCGGAAACCAACUGAUAUCGGCAGUACGUGAUAGUGGUUUUACAUAAAUUGUGUACUUCAUUCAAUGUUUUGCAUUGCGACUAAUAACAAUAAUUGUAC